GUGCAAGUUUUGGUUUGUUCUCGGUUCAAUUUUGAACAUCUCACUUGAGAUCUGUAGUCUGUACGCAAGUAGAACCUGGCACGAGCUGAAUCGGGCUCAAGACACCAGCCAUGUUGAAAUCAACACAAUCUGUAACGCCAAACUCAUUCCACAGUUCGAUUGUUAUCAUAUUCCUCCUAAUCCCACUCAUCACCGCCCAAAGCACCACCAUCAUCAUAACCGUCGGUCCAACCAUCCCCACGGCCGCGCCCGAAUUUACCAACGAACGCACCUUCACCUCGGCCAUCCUGAACAGCACCAACUUCUACCGCACCAAACACAACGCCUCGUCUGUGCGCUGGAACUCAACCCUCGUUGAUUUCGCCUUGUCCUACCUAGACUCGACGUGCGACUUUGCCCAUAGUGGCGGGCCCUACGGCGAGAACCUCGCCCUGGGCUGCUCCAACGCUACGUCGUGCGUCGAGGCCUGGGGCAACGAACGCGAUGAGUAUGAUUUCGGGAAUCCGGACUUCUCGGAGGCGACGGGGCAUUUCACGCAGUUGGUGUGGAAGACCACAACGGAUGUGGGCUGUAGUGCGAGGAUAUGUGGUGACGCCGGGUGGUAUCUGGUCUGUGAGUACUGGCCAAGGGGCAAUAUCAUAGGGGAAUUUAGGGAGGAGGUGGGUGAUGAUGUCAAUGAGAGUACCAUGGUACGGAUGAAUGUGUAUGCUGUGGUAGCGGCAAUGUUGGUUACCUGUUUCUUGUUAUGACCAGAGUUAAUGCGCUUGUGUGCAUGGGUCGGGUGGGAUAUGGAUCUCUUGCGCUAUGCCAUAUACGCAGUUAGUGUAGCACCACAUGAGUGUUCUACAUAGCCUGUAUUUGAUUACCGCAUGGGGUUAUACUCUUGACACAAAAGAGUCACCGCAAGAUAAGGGUCCAUAUCGACACCAGUGAGAGUACCAAUGGAUGUGUUUUUCUUCGCGUUGCUAAAUCCUUUUGUUUUGUU